UACCGUAAGUUAUGGAUCCUCGUUUUUUCCACUUUUUUAUGGCCCGCGCGCUACGCGCUUAGGCCAUAAGGCAGUGGAAAAAACUCGGUCCAUAACUUACCGUACAGACCUCGCACUCGGUUAAUAAGAGCUAUGUAUGGAAGCUGAAAAUAUAAAAUGACUAGUGCUCGUAAACUUGAACAGCCUAGCUUGUUCAUGUCAGAUAUCACACAAAGAUAUCAAGCAUCCAAGACAACUACGUCAUUAUUUGUGGGUUAAAAUUGAACCAGGAAUAUUUUUCCMUUUAGUCGACUAUCAUGUCGAUCAUCAUUAAUCAUAAAUCUAAUAAACAUAAGUAGACUAAAAAUAGAAAUGGAAGCUUUAGUAUUUAAAAACGCACGUUGGUUAUAAGUGGUCCACUUUGGCAAUUAAUCCGUGAUCUGUAUUUACAUGCUGAGGAAAAGGAUUUUGAUCGUAAUUUUGCCACGUUUUUAUUCUAAAAGCAUAAUAUUCCAUUUGUUUAGUCUACUUGUGCUUAUUAGAUUUACAAGUAAGACUUAUUUUUUAGUCUUCUUAUGUUUACAAUUAAGAUUUAGUUAACACUUCGAAAUUCAAUUUUUAAAAUGUAACUAUAAUUAGAGUAAGAGUGUAAUAAACGAUCGAUAUUACUUCUAAGGUAAUAAAAAAGGAAUGAAUAAAWAAGAGAAAGAAAGAAAAACAAUGGACUUAAUAAAGACUUAAUAAACGGGAAGUGAUAUUGGUCGCUAAUGAACGCAUGAAAUACUUCUCGUUGCUACUUGAUUAACCUCAGGGAAAAUUGUUCAAAAUCACAUUCACUGGCAAGCCAGACGGUCUUUGAUCGAGCGCUUCGUUCAGAAACGACCAAAUUGCAGUCUUCACAAAGCAAGGUAGCUUGACGAAGGCRUAAUGGAAAGACAACUUAAAGAUUUAUCAGUAGAGGGUGUAAAAACUCGCAAGAAACCUGACAAGCAUAUAGUGUUCGCGGUAAAAGUCACGUGGUCAGAUGGGCAGGUCAAUGUAGUGUCCAGAAGAUACRGCGAGUUUUUCGAGUUAAUGGAAAGACUCAACGAGACGUUUCCUGUAGAAGCAGGCAAGCAUGAAAAUCACCAAAGGAUCCUUCCAAAUUUACAUGCCAAAAAGACCUUUCUAGUGAACYCAAGCGUAAUGAAGCAGCUUGAACRCAUAACAGAUUUUACAAAGGAAUUGGUACAACUGCCUGACCACAUUUCCCAGUGCUAUGUAGUUCGUAACUUCUUCACACCCACAGAAGUGGACAUUGAAUCUACUCGCAGAUURUCAAUACAAAAGCCAAAGACGAAGCCGAGAAAUUGGCGUCGAAAAAAUACUGCAAAAAAAGUCCUAAGCAUCAGUGGACCUUUGUCCCUGGAACAAUACCGUGUUAUAGCUGAUAUAGAAGAAUGUAAAAYAGGAGGACUGGAAUUGAAAGAAGGACAAAUAGUGGAGGUUGUUGAAAAAAUGGAAAAUGGUUGGUGGCUGGUUACUGCAGAUGGCGAGCAAGGCUGGGUACCAGCUUCGUAUCUUAUUAACGAACAUGAUUCCGAGGAAACCUUGACAAUCAAAUACCAGCCUGGUCAAGGAGAAUACUAUGUUACGAACAAAUCAUAUACAGCCAAGUUUAAAGAUGAGAUAAGCUUUGAUAUUGGUGUUCAUCUACAAGUGAUUGAGAAGAAUCUAGAUGGUUGGUGGAGAGUGAUAUAUAAUGGCUGCGAAGGACUAGUACCAGCAGCGUACCUCAAGAAGAUAGGAGAAAACACGCCAAAAGACGGUAACAAGCAUCCUCUAAUUGGAAAAGAAAGCGUUCUCUCUCAAAGAUAUUCCGUAAGUUCUCAUCAGCAUGACAUGACUAUCGAGACACUAGCAAAACUGAGAGAGUCGACAUUCAAAAGUCCAGAGGAAAAAGAAGAACAAAAAAUACUUCCAAAGAGGAAACUAGCAAGAGCGGAGGCGGGAGACGUUUACCUUGAAAUGAAGAUGUUAGAAGACGGAGGAUGGGUCCCUCAGGUGAUUCCAGCUACACAAACCCCAGAAAAAGAGAGAAAGAUAAUACAUGACAGGGAGAAGGGCUUCAGUUUGUUGAAAGGAUUUGGCAACUUGAGGAAGGCGAGACGAGCUGAUGAAUCCGAUGACAAUAAACCCGUCCAAGAAAAGAAAAAACUCUUGAAAUUAAAUCUCCCACGGCGAUCAAAAAGUGCCGCAUCUGACUUGAAUUCUCUGAAAASGCCAAUCCCAAAAACUGAAGAGAGGAAAGAAAAGGUUUUAAAGCCUGUUGAUGUCAAACAAACCUCAAGGCGAAAAAGCAUGGUGGAAGAAAUGAUGCCUCACAACGGUACAGAAAAGAAGAAUGAAAUACCAAGUCAACAAAGGCAGUCCUUAGAAAGCAAAAGAAAAUACCGCCAGAACUUUUUACGGCGUUUCAKGAGUUUUACGGCAGAAAAUAAUUUCCAUGUGUUGCCAUGGAAAAAUGAAGAUGGAAAGAAUGAGUACAUAUUAAGCCUUCGAGGAAACAGUGGCCCGUCUAAAUGCAAAACUCGUUCUUUGAGUGAAUUACGCAAUUCUGAGUUCUCUUCCGACAAUUCUUCACCAAUCACUCCCAAGAAGCAAGGAAUGAAAAAAUUAGAUGGUCCAAAGAUCCAUGUAGCACAAAAGGUGGAUGAYAAUCAAACUAAGCAAAACACUUGCACUUCAUGCAAAGACGCUCCURUCAGUGAUAGCCCAGUGUUUGUCGUUACGCCACCUUCACCAAAGGCCAUUAAGAAGUCAGGAAAAAUAUCUGAGCUAGGUUCUUAUGCUUGCAAGAACAGAUUGCACUGGAAAAAGUCCCACUCUUUUUCAGAUUUGGCUUCUUUAAACAAACGUUUAGAGGACGAUGGAUUUGUUGAUAAUGAAGAUAACGACGAUYUUUAUCUUGAUGAGGACGAUGAUAGUUCUGACGAAGAGAUUUGUACUCUUGAAGACUUGUUGAAUGAAGAUAGAGAAAGYAAGGACAUCGAUUUUUACUAUGAAGAUCUCACAGAUUACACGCGAAAAAUGCCGAGAGAGAGUGGAUCAUUUGAUAGUGGCAUGGAAAGUUCAUCGCCACCCCCAAGUCCAAUGACAAUUAAAAUACCAUACAAGAGUGCAGCAAGUAAAAUGUACGUUGCAAUAGCAGACUACGAGGGGUCGAAAAGAGAKGGAGAAGUUGACCUCUUUGAAGGCCAACAAGUCAGAGUUUUGCAAAAGACAGUCGGAGGUUGGUGGUUAGUGGAAGGCGAUGCAAAACAAAGGGGAUGGGCACCUUCAAACUUCCUUGAAUACUUUAAACCUCCAAUUGAAGGCUUUGAUGAGCAACGRCUUGACCAGACGUUCUGCUACGUUGAUGAUGAUGUUCAAUCUGCAGGAGUACAUGAAGGCAUCGAAAGAAAUGUGAUAAAGCUUUCUAAUGGAGAAGAACUUGAAGUUGUUGAAACAAACAAAAAUGGUCAUUUCAUGUUGGUGAGAGUUCCUUCGAGAUUUGCAUGGCUCUCGAAGUCCUGUGUUCUUGCGGCGAAGGAUGACCUACCUCAAUGUAAAAUAUAACAGAGACAUUUGAAACGCUUUCAGAUAAAGACGUUCAGCUAUUGGUCUAUAGCUAAAACGUAGUAUCUACUAAAUAGAACGUAGUGCCUAGGCUAGCAAGACACUGAGCCUUAUUGCGACAUGGCAGUCAACUUUUUGAAACCUCUGUAAAUUAAUAAUAAUAAUAAUAGUAAUAAUAAAAAUAAUAUUAAUAGUAGGCACAAUUUGUCAAGUUGGUAAGAUUGCGGAGAGAACUGUUGAAAAACAAGAAAAAUACACGGAACUACGUGCAGGCAUCAAAAAAGAGUGCAAAAGCUCAAGUGUAAAUCAGAUUAACAUAGUGUUUGACUUUCUCUCAKGACAUCAAGAACAGCUAAGAAAAGACCUAAGAACAAUUACAAAUACAGACAGGGAAGUGAACUUUCUUAUAGAACGAUGUCAGAAAUGGAUUUUAAGCCAGAACGUUAAUAUAGUCAAGAAGUUCUAUGAAUAUGCAUAAGCUGAAGAAAGGAUUGAAAAAAAAUGAUGAACUUAACCAGCCUAGACUUAGUCCGCUGGUCAAUGUAAACAUGAUAUAUACAGA